AGCAUCUCACUGAGAGCAGCAGCAGCAGCAGCAGAGCAAAGCAGCUCAUCGAGAUGCCACACCGGCGGCGUGAUUCCUCCAUCUGAUGUGAAGCAGCCGGGCUCGUUUCUCCCUCACAUUGAUGUCUCAGUUCAGCAGAUUCAUUGGGAGCCGCUUGUUGUUAGGAUGCGUCCAGGAGCUGCUGUGCAGUCCUCUUUGUAUGUCUCUCUGAGUCUCAUAGUCCUCCUCCUCCGCUGUGUGGAGGCUGCUGCUGUGUCUGAAGGAGCUGGUUAUGAUGGAGAAAAUAAGCAGGGUUCACUGAGGAGCAUCCUUGAUCACGUACAGAGUUAUGAGAUUACUUAUCCCACAUGGCUGCAUCCUCACAGACAGAGGAGGUCUGCCAACGAAGAGCAUCCUGCAGAGGCUCAGGUCCUGAUCUCAGUUGAGGGCCGGGAGCUCCAACUACACCUGGAGAAAAAUGAGCAGCUAUUGGCCCCUGGAUAUCAGGAAAUAUGGUACACUCCCGAUGGAGCCCGCAAGUCCUCCUCUCCUGCCAGCACUGGACACUGUUUCUACCACGGGGAGAUUCUGGGCGUGGAAGGCUCAAGUGUUGCUGUUAGCACAUGCUCAGGACUGAGGGGACUGAUUUCUCUGAACACGAGCGUCAGCUACCUGAUAGAGCCUCUUCCUGUUUCCACGGGCGCACAGCAGCACGCUGUGUUCAGAGCAGAGAGCCUCCAUCUACCCAGAGGGAGCUGCCCGCAUCACCAUGGCAACAAGGAGCACGAGGAGGGGCUUGACGACUUCAUCCAUGGAAUGAUGUCACCGCAGAGCGUGAGGGAGAAAAGAGACCUGAGCCAGAAUAUGAAGUACGUAGAGCUGCUGCUAGUGGCAGACAAAGCUCAGUAUGAGAAGCAUGGGAGUAGUCUCGAGAAGACCAAGCAGAAAUUACUGGAAGCCGCCAACUUGGUCGACAAGUACUACAAGUCUUUGAACAUCCGCGUGGCGUUAAUCGGCUUGGAGGUGUGGACCAACCAGGACAUGAUCGGCGUUUCGGACAACCCUCACAGCACUCUGGCAGCGUUCCUGUCCUGGAGAAGCAAACAGCUCCACACGCUCCCCAACGACAACGCUCAGCUCAUCACGGGGAGGGGGUUCCAGGGCUCCACCAUCGGGCUGGCACCUCUCAAAGCCAUGUGCUCCGACUACCAGUCUGGUGGAGUGAACACGGACCACUCAGAGUCAGCUGUGGGUGUAGCUGCCACCAUGGCACAUGAGAUGGGCCACAACUUCGGCAUGAGCCACGACAGCACAGGCUGCUGCCAGGCGAAGGCCGAAGACGGAGGCUGCAUCAUGGCUGCCGCUACUGGGCAUCCAUUUCCACGCGUGUUCAACAGUUGCAACCUGAGGGAGCUGAAGAGCUACUUGAGCUCUGGAGGAGGGAAGUGUCUCUUCAACUUACCGAACACCAGAUCCAUGUAUGGAGGGCAGCGCUGCGGCAACGGCUACCUGGAGGACGGAGAAGAGUGUGACUGUGGAGAAGAAGAGGAGUGUACCAGUCCCUGCUGUAAUGCCAACAACUGCACUCUGAAAGCUGGAGCUGAGUGUGCCCAUGGCGUCUGCUGCCAGAACUGCAAGUUGAAGAGCCCAGGUGUUCUGUGUCGUGCCCCCUCCGGGUCUUGUGACCUGCCGGAGUACUGCGAUGGGAAGGCGGAGUCUUGUCCUGCUAAUUACUAUUUAAUGGACGGCACAUCAUGUGCAAACGGGCAGGCCUACUGUUACACCGGCAUGUGUCCGACCCUGGAGCAGCAAUGCAACUCUCUCUGGGGACGAGAUGGCCGUCCGGCCCCUGACCUGUGCUUUAAGAAGGUGAACGAAGCCGGGGACAUGUACGGGAACUGCGGCAAAGAUCUGUUUGGGAAGUACAGGAGCUGCAAGGAAAGGGAUGCUCAAUGUGGGAAAAUCCAGUGUUUGACCUCAGCCUCCAAGCCCAUUGAGAACAACGCUGUUCGCAUAGAAACCACCGUCAGUGUGGGCAACACGAAGAUCCACUGUAUGGGAACGCAUGUGUACAAGCCUGGGCUGGGGGACGAGGAUGGGCAGGGCGACACUCUAGACCCGGGACUGGUCAUGACGGGCACCAAGUGUGGCGAUGACUCGAUUUGCUUUAAUGGAGAAUGCCGCAAUGCAUCUUUCCUCAGAGCUGAUGAGUGCAACGCCAAGUGCCAUGGACACGGGCUGUGCAACAACAAUCAUAACUGCCACUGUGACGCGGGCUGGGCUCCUCCUCAGUGUAACCAGAGGGGGUCCGGUGGGAGUGUGGACAGUGGACCUGUCAUCAGCCACAGCAACCUCCUCCCAGUCCUGCUGGUCCUCCCCCUGGUUCUCUUUGUGGUUCUGGCUGCUGUUGGACUGUGGUGCUGCUACAGACAUAAACUCCACCCACUGAAAACCUCCGCUCCAUCUCCAGUGCCAAAUUGUUCUGUCCUGGUGGAGGGCAAGCCUCUAUGUGCUGACAGUCAUGUGAGCGGUCAUGCCAACCCGACAUUCUUUCUAAAAAAACAGGACUCAGACCAUCUGGGGAAACCCUCUCCUUCUCCGAGCCCGUCUGGCUCAACUCGGUCCAGACAUGCUAUUGUGCGUCCGGCAGUUAAGCCUCCUCCCGUACCUGCGUACGCUGCAGAGCAGAGAGGGUCAACUCCUAAGCCCCAGAUCCAGCCUCCUGUAGACAAACAACAUUCUCCUCAGGGGUACACUCCACCUCCUGCUAAGUCUGCACAGCUCACCGAGCAGAGACGAAACCAGGCUCCUCCACCACCCUCAGGACCUCCACCUUUACCUUCCCUGGACGCCAAAACCCACUCGCAGCAUUCAGCGGUACCAAAACCCCGUCCAGACCCCCCAAACAGACCUCCACCGCCUUGUCCUGUCAACAAGCCAUCAGGGGAACAGCAACCGUUAAAAGGCCUGCAGGUUACCACUAAUGCCCUGCAAAGGGGAAAAGCUGCUUUGGCUCCAUCUGCUGGACAGAAAAAGCCAAACAGAAACUAAGAGCUCAGGGAGACGUUGGGGACCACCACUGACAUCCAAUAAUGGACUGCCUCAAACUGUCUUUUUGAUUAUUAGCAGAUAUGAUGAAUACUUGACACUCUGGGUCUGUUGGUUACAGUGUAUUUACACUGGAGGGAAAAUGGUAGAAUCACAGCAAGUCACAGUACAUAUCACAAUGAGUACAUUUUAUGUCUUGAAUCUUUAAGAUUUAGGCUUAGUCUGUGUUUUGUAAAUUAGCCCUGUGUGUCUGCUUUCACAACAGCGAAGGCUGUGAAUUUAAGAACGUUUUGUUUCGUUAUUGUUGUCCCAAAGGUUUAUGGAAAUGUGAAAUUGUUCCACGUGUGCAGCAGUGUUGAAACACUGUUCCAGGAGUAUUUAUUCACAAAGAGAAAUGAAUGUUUACAAUGUAGCCUAUGUACUAAACAUGGUGUCUCUUAAAGAGCAUCAGCUGUAAAGGGAUAUCUUAUAUUAAGAAAAGAUGCCAAUAUUGAAGUGCUUACGCUUCUCAUGUGUGAAUAAGAACGAGAUUUUGACUGGACUAAAGGGGACCAGUGAAAGCCCUACAUGCAUGCUGUAGGUAUAUGCUUAGGAUGAGAGAUACAUGUCUGAUGUGUAGCAGGAAUUGUUAGGGUUUUUUAAGUUUUGUUAGUUUUGUUUUAAUGAUUUUAUAUUGUUAUUGUGUUGCACUUUGAGCAAUCUGUUUAAGUGUCAAAUACUCCCCGCCUGAAGGUGUUAAAGCCUGCAGAGGGUGAGUAUUUGAUGAAGAUUUUGGGUGAAAUAACACUUUAAGGUGACCAUUAGAGCCCACACUGACUCGUAUUUCUUAGUUCUGUCACUGACAAUCAGUGAUGACGUCGUCUUUUUCGAGAGCAACAUUUCAUGAGCCAUAGUUUUAUUUACACGUAUCAGUUAAACACCAAAAUUGCACCAUAAAUUCAAAUCAUUUUGCAUGUUCGUCCAAAGAUGUUACUAAAAAUGUUCAGUGGGAGUUUCCUCAUGACCAAAAUGUUAUAAAAUUACUCCUCUAUCUGAAAAGACUAUGUUAUAUUCCUCUGAGAACUUUGUAAUUACUGUAAGGUACUGUAAAAAUGUGUGGUCCAUUUGACUGCUUGAGGGAUGACCUGGUUUUAUCUGUAAUAUGGAAAUACACUCUGUCAGCUGCCAUCUUUUACCUUCUUAUCAGACCUAUGCAAACCCUGGCACUGUGCAACACUGUGUCUUCAACUGGAAUACAAAUAAACACAUGGGAAAAUAAAAAAUGAUAUACAAUUUAA